UUACUCUUUUCCCUCUUAUUCUUUCCUAUAUAUGAUUUUUGUUAGUGUUGUUGCAGCCGAUGGGGGUUUGUAGGCUGCGGGCUGGGAAAAUGACAUUUGUUUUUCACUCCUGUCGCUGCACAGCGUUGACAAGGUGUUGAUUUAGCUUUAGGAAUGGUCGGGUCACGUGGUUCUUUGCAUAUUGUCACUCCCGCACUGUUUAAAGUAGCUUUUAUUGCUCAAAAGGUGAUUUGUUCAAACAGUCUGAGAUUUGCACACCGGCUUCCUCCCAAACGGACACCUCACCCCCUUAUUGCAAAUCGCUUUUCACCUUAGCAAAACUUUGCACCGUUUCUGUCCGAGCCGCGGGAGAAUUUCAUUUUAGACCCCAAAAAGCGUUAAAACGAGACCCAGUUAAAUAAACAUCUCGGUAAUGCGAUCGCAGGGAGCUGGGGCGAAGUCUACAGCUGGCGAGCUAGGGGGAUCUGCCUGGGAAUGCGGUUCGGCUGGGCUGGGCUGGGAGAGGGAGGGAGCAGAGGGGAAGAGGAACGAUCUCAGACAAGCUCCUUGCACCGAGUCGACGUGGAUAGAGGCCCCUGAGAGGAUCCGAAAUGGCCGAGACUCGGGAGGAGCCUCUUGCAUUUGCCUCCACUAGUCUAAGACCCCAACACCGGCUUGGCUCAGCUCUCUGGCCGCCCGAGACCCCUCCCACCACCAGCUCCGCUUUCAGCCCCCACCCCCACCCCCAUCCUUCCCUUCCAAAUCCGGCUCCGCUCCCUUUGCACCCUGCGGGAGCGUGCGGCCGCUCUGCUGAGCCCGGCCCCACCAGCCCCCUCCGCGCCGGACACCACCUCCCCCAGCUGCACCCCAGCCUAGGUUCCUUCAGGCCCAGGCUCUGCCCGGCGCCGCUUCGCAGACACCCGCAGCCUGGCCGGGCCGCGCCCCCUCCCCGGCCCGGCUUCCCCCGGCCCGCAUCCUCUCCCCGGCUCCCCCCCGCCUGGCUCUCGUGUGUUCCCAGCGGUGGCAGGAUGCCAAGUGUAAGUAGCCGCCUUUUCUUAAGCAAAAAUGCACCGAACAACCAGAAUCAAAAUAACCGAGCUAAACCCCCAUCUCAUGUGUGUGCUCUGUGGCGGAUACUUCAUUGAUGCAACAACCAUCAUAGAGUGUCUACACUCCUUCUGUAAGACGUGUAUCGUACGUUAUUUGGAGACAAGCAAGUAUUGUCCUAUAUGUGAUGUCCAAGUUCACAAAACCAGACCGCUUUUGAAUAUAAGGUCCGAUAAAACUCUCCAAGAUAUUGUGUACAAACUAGUACCAGGCCUUUUCAAAAAUGAAAUGAAAAGGAGAAGAGAUUUUUAUGCAGCUCAUCCAUCAGCUGAUGCUGCCAAUGGCUCUAAUGAAGACAGGGGAGAAGUUGCAGACGAAGACAAAAGAAUUAUAACAGAUGACGAGAUAAUAAGCUUAUCCAUUGAAUUCUUUGACCAGAAUAGAUUGGAACGGAAAGGAAAUAAAGAGAGAGAGAAAUCAAAGGAUGAGGUGAAUGACAAAAGAUAUUUACGCUGCCCUGCAGCAAUGACAGUGAUGCAUCUACGAAAGUUUCUCCGAAGUAAAAUGGACAUACCUAAUACUUUUCAGAUCGAUGUGAUGUAUGAAGAGGAACCUUUGAAGGACUACUAUACACUAAUGGAUAUUGCCUAUAUUUACACUUGGAGAAGGAAUGGACCUCUUCCUCUGAAGUAUCGAGUUCGACCGACUUGCAAAAGAAUGAAGAUCAGCCACCAGAGAGAAGGCUUAAAUAAUAGCGGAGAAUUAGAAAGUGACUCUGGGAGUGACAAGGCAAGCAGCCCAGCAGGAGGCAUCCCCUCUACUUCAUCUUGUUUGCCCAGCCCCAGCACUCCAGUGCAGUCUCCCCAUCCUCAAUUUCCUCAUAUCUCUAGUACUAUGAAUGGAACCAGCAGCAGCCCCACCAGUAACCACCAAUCCUCCUUUACCAACAGAGCGCGGAAAACAUCAAUAAAUGGCUCUUCAGCAACUUCGUCGGGCUGACACCUCAAUGAGACUGCCGAAAACCCUGAUUUAUAUAGAUCUCUUCAUGCCAUUACAGCUUUAUAGAUGCUAAUACAUGUGACUAUCGUCCAAAUCGCUUUCUUUUGUAGUGACACCGAACUUGGCUAUGAAAGAUGGACUAGGUGACUGUUUAUAUGGACGUUAAUUACAACGAAAGAUUGUUCUGUAAAGAAUUAUUUUCAAAGGACUGGGAAGCAAACAGAAGUAUACCAUGAUGUGUUAGGAAAGAGGUGGAGUGAUUUCUGUCCCCAUCGUUUAGACGUGGGAAGCUCCGGAAGUGGAUAUAAACCUUGGGAUGUAGUUUGUUAAUCCAGACUAACUCCUACAUUACAUUCUCUUCAAUUGUUAUUGUUAUUAUGCUGUUUUGUGAACCUGUAGAAAGCAACUGCUUUUUCAUCUUGAAAUGCAACAAAACGGAAAGAAUAUGCAUAGAAUAAUGCAUAUAUGUAGCCAUGUCACUGUGAAUAACUAUUUCUUGCGUAUUAGCCAUUUUGAUUCUUAUGUUGCAUCCUUACUUUUCUGUUGCUGCGCAGAACCGAUCAAAAUGAAAGUAAACUUCAGUUUUACAAUUUGUAUGCCUAAAAGCGGGUAUUACCGUUUUAUUUACUGACUUUGUUUAAAUGAUUCGCUUUUGUAAGAAUCAGAUGGCAUUAUGCUUGUUGUACAAUGCCAUAUUGGUAUAUGACAUAACAGGAAACAGUAUUGUAUGAUAUAUUUAUAAAUACUAUAAAGAAAAUAUUGUGUUUCAUGCACUCAUGAUAUGGUUGUUAAAUUUCCAAACUGGUUCGACCCUUGCAGAUGCCACCUGUUUGAAUUUUGCUGAUAUUGCAGAGAACACUUUGUAUGUGUGUGAAAGCUUCAGUCUUUGAGAGCUAUCACAAAUCUCUGUUAACCUGAAAGCAAUUGGCAAUCUUAAUAGGAUUUUAUGGGCUUUAUCUUGUUUCAAGUGAUAUAUUUUUACUUUUACCCAACGAUACUAAUAGUUUAAAUGGUGCAGUGAAGAAAAAUUAAGGAACAUGGAAGUGAUUUACCUGUUUGGUUAGUUUUAUUAUUUGGUGUGAUGGAAUUGUGUUUUUAAAAAGCACAUGGAAUCAUUAUAGAAGCCAUAAAAUAUGUGGUAUAAAUUUUAAGGAACCAGCAGGUUGCUGGAUGAAGGCAUUUUAUCUAAAUUUGUUUUAAUAUAUAUGUAUAUGGUACAGUACUAACUUCAUUAACAUUUAACAGGUACUUUAAUAUUUCCAAUAAACUGUGGAGAACGCCUCUUCUUUAAUGUUCUGCCAAUAGGAGCAUUUUAUCAGAGGCUUCCAAAGGUCUUAUUUUUGAACUAGAAGGAACACUUUUAACUUAAAAUAUGAAUAGCCCCGAACACUUUUCAGUUUGUGCUUUGCUUUGGUCGAACUUCAUGUGUGUUCAUCACCCACCAUUUAUACAUUUGUGAGGGUGUUUAUUCUAUAUGGAUAUUGUUUCAUGUUUGUACGGGAAAAUUGUAGUUAAACAUUUCAUUGUCUCCAGUCUGCAACAGAAGCACAAUUCUAUUGCUUUGUCUUGCUUAUAGUCAUUAAAUCAUUACUUUUGCAUAUAAAUUGCUGUUACUUGUCCUGCUUGUUUUUAUAGAUCAGGUGACUGCAAAUCCGCCACAGGGAUUAUUGAUGUAUAAUGUCUUGUUAAACGAGAUUUGAUAUUUUUUCCUGUAGUAAACAUGUACAGUUCCACUUCAGCAGUUAAAACGUUCAGUUUUAUAUACAGGAAUAUCUUUCAUUUAUAAUUGAUCAAACAAAUAAAAG